AUGGACUGGGGUUUUUUCGAUAAGAAUGCUAAUGAAAAUAAAUAUCUACGUGAACAAAUCGUCUAUCCAUCGAAAAUCUACUAUUAUGCUGCCAUUAUUAAAGAUUUCAUUUUGCGAUACAUUUGGGUCAUUAAUGUAUUUAUUUAUUUUCGCACACCAUCUGCCGAAUAUGCCGAUAUCAUCGGAUUUGCUUUUGGUAUAGUUGAAGUAAUUCGACGAUUUAUUUGGAAUUUUUUCCGUUUGGAAAAUGAACAUUUAAAUAAUUGCGGCGAAUUUCGUGCUAUUCGUGAUAUUUCAAUACGUGCUACACCAACUGAUAACAAUUAUUUGCCACUGGAAGAGAUGAAUUUUCAAUUUAUUCGUUCAAAAAACGGUUGA